AUGUCCCUGCAUCAGUUUUUACUGGAGCCAAUCACCUGUCAUGCCUGGAACAGGGAUCGUACCCAGAUCGCCCUUAGCCCCAAUAAUCACGAAGUCCACAUCUAUAAGAAGAACGGGGGCCAGUGGGUGAAAGCUCAUGAACUCAAGGAACACAAUGGACACAUCACAGGUAUCGACUGGGCUCCCAAGAGUGACCGCAUCGUCACUUGCGGGGCUGACCGCAAUGCCUACGUCUGGAGUCAGAAGGAUGGUGUCUGGAAGCCAACCCUGGUGAUCCUGAGAAUUAACCGGGCGGCCACUUUCGUCAAGUGGUCCCCGCUAGAGAACAAGUUUGCUGUGGGUAGCGGAGCACGACUCAUCUCCGUCUGUUACUUUGAGUCUGAAAAUGACUGGUGGGUGAGCAAGCACAUUAAAAAGCCCAUCCGCUCCAUGGUCCUCAGCUUGGAUUGGCAUCCCAACAACGUCUUGCUGGCCACGGGAUCCUGCGACUUCAAAUGUAGAGUGUUUUCUGCCUACAUUAAAGAAGUGGAUGAGAAGCCAGCCAGCACGCCCUGGGGCAGCAAGAUGCCUUUUGGUCAGCUGAUGUCCGAGUUCGGUGGCAGCGGCACCGGCGUCUGGGUGCACGGGGUCAGCUUCUCGGCCAGUGGCAGCCGCCUGGCCUGGGUCAGCCACGACAGCACCGUGUCCGUUGCCAAUGCCUCAAAAAGCGUGCAGGUCUCAACUCUGAAGACAGAGUUCCUGCCCCUCCUGAGUGUGUCGUUCGUCUCAGAGAACAGCGUCGUGGCUGCUGGCCACGAUUGCUGCCCCAUGCUCUUUAAGUAUGACGACCGCAGCUGCUUGACCUUUGUUUCCAAGCUGGACAUCCCUAAACAGAGAAUCCAGUGCAACAUGUCAGCCAUGGAGCGCUUCCGCAGCAUGGACAAGCGGGCCACGACCGAGGACUGCAACACGGCGCUGGAGACGCUGCACCACAACAGCAUCACCCAAGUGUCUAUUUAUGAGGUGGACAAGCAAGAUUGUCGCAAAUUUUGCACUACUAAUAUCGACGGAGCCAUGACCAUUUGGGAUUUCAGGACCUUAGAGUCUUCCAUCCAGGGUCUUCGGAUAAUGUGA